AUGUCGCAAUCAUGUUCGAUACAAACAUGUAAAUGUACAUCACGUGUUUUAUGUCAAUGUUGUAAUCAAUUAUUUUGUCGAAAUCAUUUCAUGGAGCAUGAUGAUGAAUUAAAUUUAAAAUUAAAUCCAUUAAUUGAUCAAAUUAAUAUAUUAACUGAUCAAUUGAAUACAUUUGAUAUUAAUAAACUUAGGAAUGAUUCAUUGAAAAAAUUAAAUCAAUGGCAUGAUGAAUGUCAUCGUAUUAUUGAAGAUUAUUAUGAACAAAAAUGUGAAGAAUUAAAUAAAUUUACUUAUAAAAUACUUGAUCGACAACGUGAAGAAAUUGAUAAAAUACGAUUUCAAAUAAAUGAAUUAUUAGAUAAACAAGAAACUACAUAUGAUGAUAUUAAUUCAUUAACAUUAUCAAUCGACAGAUUAAAACAAAAUCUUAAUGAAAUAGAUCAAUUAUCUAUUAAUGUUAAUAUAUCUCCAUAUAAAAUUAAUAAAGAAUUAAUUAGUUUUGAUCAAUCAUGUUUACAAGAAUUUAAUUUAUUAUCUAUUUUAUCAUCCUAUUCAACAAUGUCUCGUUUAAAUAAAAGUUCGAUUGCACUUGUUAGUAAUUAUCAAAACUUAUUAAUACAUCAAAAUUCAAAUCUAUGUUUAAUUGAUGAUGAGCUUACAAUAACUAAACAAAAAGAAUGGAUUUAUGAUUCAAUCAUACAUAUGUGUUGGUCAUCAGUAUUAAAUUCUUUUAUAAUUAUAACAGCGAUUGAUAUUUUUCUUGUUUAUGAAGAUUUAACUUUAAUUCAACGUAUAGAAUCGAUUGAAGGAAGACUUUGGCAAUCAUGUGCAUGUUCUAAUAGUUCAUUAUAUUUAUCAACUGGAACUUGGGAUUCAUCAAUUCGUGAAUAUAGUUUAAUACCUUCAAUAAAAUUUGUUAAACACUGGAAAAUCACGCAAGAUAAAACACAAAAACAACGUAUUGAUAAUAUAAUAUAUAAUAAUAAAACACUUGCUUUAACGAUUAAUAAUAGUAUUAAUCAAAUAAAAUCAAUAGAAUUACGAUCAACAGAAACAUUUGAUCGUUUAUGGUCAUGUCAACUUAAUAUUGAUUAUAAUGAAACAGUUAUUCGAUGUUGUUUAUCAAGUCAUAAUCAAUGGCUUGUAUUUGAUUGGAAAACAUGCAAAAUUUUACAUAUUACACAAGAUGGAAAAGUCAAAGAAAGUUACACAUAUAAAACUGAACCACUUUAUGUAAAUUUUUUUCGUUCAAAUAUAUUAGUUAUAUCAACUAAUAAAGAUAUCAAUUUUCAUAAGCUAUAA